AAAAAGGAGUUGCAAUGGUCUGCACAGGAUUAUAUCGUUCAAGAGAAUAUUUAAUGUCGAGUUUCCAGAUGCAGACCGUCCUCAUUGAAGAGAUCAAGUGGGUCUAGGUCUACUGCUAAAACGUUUCUUAACAGGACAAGAAGAGAGCAAGGAAAAAAUGAGUCCACUCAGCCCUCAACCGAGGGAGACACUUGUCGAGCAGCACCAGCGUCUCCUGCUGGAGACCGACAGUCAUGUGGAGCUUAUCCGCAUACAGAAAGAGAAAGUUGCCCAAGUGGAGGCCGAGAUGAGAGCAAUGCAAAGCAAGAUCUGGGAGAAGAAGAAGAAAACGGGAGGGUUGAGUGCCACCCUGAGCAGACCCCUUCAACGGAUUAAACACAUCCGCAUCUUGGAAGACCGUCUGAACCAGGGCACUGUACGGUUUGACAAGCAGCUGGCUCAGAACAAGGCGCUGCGAGAUGACAUCGACCACCUGUGCCAGCAGAGAGGGACGCUGGCCAGCAUGUACCACCGGCUCAACAACGAGCUGGCCAUGCAGCACCACGUCAUGGACGAGCUGGUCGAGAAAUCUGUUCAAGCCUAUGACCAGAGGUCAGAGGCGCUGGCCCGUAUGAUGGCGGUGCGAGAGCGCAGUAAGAAAGAGGCCGCCCAGGCCCAGACGGAGAUGACGGAGCUGCAGCGGGUCAUCGAUCACGAGUCCAAGCUCCGCACCUUCAUGGCCCAGAAGUCCCAGGACUAUGUGCCCUCAGUGGAGGACGAGGAGGCCAGGAAGAGGAGGGCCGAGCAGUCUCAGCUGGAGCGAAUGGGAGGAGAGAGUCUGGAGACCUACCAGGCCGUGCACAAGCACAUCGUGGCCAUCACCGGAGAGAGGGACCUGGGUAAGAUCGCCAGUCAGUUUGUGGAGACCGAGGAGAAGAGCUUCGCCUACUUCAGCUACAUCAACGAGCUGAACAACAGGAGCACCAUGCUGCGGGAUCGCAUCAACAAGCUGAAGAGUGAGAUUGUGCACUUUGAGCUGCAGAAUAAGCAUCACGAUGAGCAGUGGCAGGGACAACUUAAAGAGCUGGAGGCGGAGCUUGAAAAGAAGCGCUCCGAGGCCAAUGACAUGGAGGCACAGUACAAACUGGUGAACAAGUCCCUGGACCAGAUGAAGAGCGCCAUUGCUGACCUCUUCAGCAAGAUGAAGUGUGACCCCUCACCUGUCACCGCCAAGCUGGGCAGCAGCGUCCAGGUCACCGAUGAGAAUGUCACCCAGUUCAUCGGGAUCGUGGAGGAGAGUCUGCACAGUCACCUGAUGCUGCUGAUGCAGUUCAACCACAAGCGCUCGGAGCUGCAGGAGCUGCUGCCCUACAACAUGCUGCUGGAGAGCUGCCGCCUGCUGCCCACGCUCACCACCUCCGCCGUGGAGCCGCCCUCCGCCGCCUCGUUCGAGGAGGCCGCGCUGGACGUGCUGCAGGGGCCAGGCAGUGAGAAGACUCUGGACUACAAGAGCUUGUGUGAGUGUGUGAAAAAGCGCGUGGUGCUGACUGAGCAGGGCAGAGGGCCCAAGCCUGCCUCGGCCAUGAGCACCCAGAAGGGCAAGAAGAGGCUCAGCUUCCCUGCCCCCAAAUCUGCCUGAGCACCACCAGCUAUUACCCUGCUCCCUUACUUACCCCACCAGCUAUUGCCCUGCUCCCUUAU